GCGGGCGCUGCGGCGACCGCGGCUGCUGCUUCCUCGGGCCAUUUUGCUGAGGAGCGAAGGGGAGGAGGAGCCGCCGAGGAGACUCAAGGCAAGGAGCGGCGAGCCGGAGGAGGCGGCGACCGCGCGGGCACGGGCUUUCCUCGAUCGCGGGGAUCUCGAGGGGCGAAGGGAUCGCCUGGGAGGGGGCCCGGAGAGCCGCGCGUGGCGCGCGGCGCGCCCCUUCCCGCCCCCUGCACCAUGAGCUGGGGCACCGAGCUCUGGGAUCAAUUUGACAACUUAGAAAAACACACACAGUGGGGAAUUGAUAUUCUUGAGAAAUACAUCAAAUUUGUAAAGGAAAGGACAGAGAUUGAACUCAGCUAUGCAAAGCAACUCAGGAAUCUUUCGAAGAAAUACCAACCUAAAAAGAACUCGAAGGAAGAAGAAGAAUACAGGUAUACAGCAUGUAAAGCCUUCCUUUCCACCCUGAAUGAGAUGAACGAUUAUGCUGGACAGCAUGAAGUCAUCUCCGAGAAUAUGACCUCCCAGAUCACCGUGGAGUUAGCACGCUACGUCCAGGAAUUGAAGCAGGAGAGGAAAUCGCACUUUCAUGACGGACGGAAGGCACAGCAGCACAUAGAGACUUGCUGGAAGCAACUAGAAUCAAGUAAAAGACGUUUUGAGCGGGAUUGCAAAGAGGCUGACCGAGCCCAGCAGUACUUUGAGAAAAUGGAUGCUGACAUAAAUGUUACAAAAGCAGAUGUUGAAAAGGCACGACAACAAGCUCAAAUGCGUCACCAAAUGGCAGAGGACAGCAAAGCAGAUUACUCAUCAAUUCUUCAGAAAUUCAACCACGAGCAGCAUGAAUAUUACCAUACUCACAUUCCCAAUAUCUUUCAGAAAAUACAAGAGAUGGAGGAGAGGAGGAUAGUGAGAAUCGGAGAAUCAGUGAAGACGUAUGCAGAGCUGGAUCGGCAGGUGAUUCCAAUCAUUGGGAAGUGCUUGGAUGGAAUGGUAAAGGCAGCCGAGUCAAUUGAUCCGAAAAAUGAUUCACAGCUGGCCAUAGAAGCUUAUAAGUCUGGUUUUGAGCCGCCUGGAGACAUUGAAUUUGAGGAUUACACUCAGCCGAUGAAGCGCGCUGUGUCAGAUAACAGCCUUUCGAAUUCCAGAGGAGAAGGCAAAUCAGAGCUCAAAUUUGGUGGCAAAUCCAAAGGAAAGUUAUGGCCGUUCAUCAAAAAAAAUAAGCUUAUGUCCCUUUUAACAUCCCCCCAUCAGCCUCCCCCACCUCCCCCUGCCUCUGCCUCACCCUCUGCUGUUCCCAACGGCCCCCAGUCUCCCAAGCAGCAAAAGGAACCCCUCUCCCAUCGCUUCAACGAGUUCAUGACCUCCAAACCCAAAAUCCACUGCUUCAGGAGUCUAAAGCGUGGGACUCAGUCUCUCUGUUUUCACAAAGAACUCAUGAAGAGGACGAUAGGGAAACCCACGUAUGCUUUUGAAGCUAGGGAUUAUGUUCUUUCUCUCAAGCUGGGUGCAACUCCAGAAGAUUUCAGCAACCUCCCACCUGAACAGAGAAGGAAAAAGCUACAACAGAAAGUCGAUGAAUUAAAUAAAGAAAUUCAAAAGGAGAUGGAUCAAAGAGAUGCCAUCACAAAAAUGAAAGAUGUCUACCUAAAGAAUCCGCAAAUGGGAGACCCCGCCAGUUUGGAUCACAAAUUAGCAGAAGUCAGCCAAAAUAUAGAAAAACUGAGACUGGAGGCCCAGAAAUUUGAGGCCUGGCUGGCCGAGGUUGAAGGCAGACUCCCAGCACGCAGCGAACAGGCCCGUCGGCAGAGUGGCAUGUACGACGUGCAGAACCCCCCAGCCGUCAACAACUGUGCCCAGGAUCGGGAGAGCAGCCCGGAUGGCAGUUACACGGAGGAGCGGAGUCAGGAGAGUGAGGGCAAGGUGCUGGCCGCGGAUUUCGACGAUGAGUUUGAUGAUGAGGAGUCCCUCCCUGCCAUAGGGACGUGUAAAGCUCUCUACACGUUCGAAGGUCAGAACGAAGGAACUAUUUCAGUAGUUGAAGGAGAAACACUGUACGUUAUAGAGGAAGACAAAGGUGACGGGUGGACCCGCAUCCGGAGGAAUGAAGACGAAGAGGGUUAUGUCCCCACUUCAUACGUCGAAGUCUAUUUGGACAAAAAUGCCAAAGGUGCUAAGACUUAUAUUUAAUACAACUUAAAAAAAAACCAAAAACUUUAAAACAUUGGAGUUGUUUCUCCCCACAACUAUGACUGUUACAGGCAGUUCUUCAAAAGACUGGAUGGGGAGCGCCGCGGUUGCUUUUAGGGACGAGGUGGACUUUCAGGCAUCUUACACCUGAAUUUCCUGGGCUGGUUUUGACGAUAAUCAAGUUUCACUUGCUUAUGACAUUUUACUUGGAAAGCUGCCAGCUGCCAAUGUACAACUGUGUCCUUUGAAAUCUGAUAAACAUUUCUUCUUGGGCAGCAUCUGUAGAUAACCAGAAAGUCGCCUUCUAGCUUCUAAUCCGUAUUUCUGAAUCUAAAAGUCCAUGCACAUCCUAGGGGUGCAGAAGACUUCAGUUCUCUUAUAUUUAUAUGUAGCAUCUGCCAGAAAUUGAACUACCUUAGAAUGUUACAUUUUGUAACUUCAUAAACUGAACUACGCUAGUUUAACUUUUACAGUCAUUCACUUCGAAGGAAGUCAUCAAUGAGGUAUAGAAUAAGUAAAGAAUACGAUUGGUACCAAAAGUGUGUAUAUUUCCUUAAACAUGUUUAAGAUAAUUGUUAGAUCACCGUGUUUUCAGGUUAUGUCAAUGUGAUCCUAAACAACCAACUGAAAUAUGGAAAACUUUGGUCGAUCAACCAGUUGAUUUUUACAUAUGACUACUGAUCUUCCUUCCUUCCGCCAGUUGACAGAGUUGAUCAGAUGUGCUAGUGCUGUUUAGAUAAACUUACAUAAAAACAGCUCACUUCAUUCUGUUCUGUUGGAGGUUUUGUGGGAGGUGGAGCUGUAUUCCGCUCAUACUUGCCCAGGUGGGCCUGUGAGUAGACCCUUGUAAGCAACUGCUUCUACACGCAGACCCCAGCAUGUCACUUUUCAAGGGUUUUUUGGGGUUUUUUUGUUUUGGUUUUGGUUUUUUUUUGCGGUACGCGGGCCUCUCACCGUUGUGGCCUCUCCCGCUGCGGAGCACAGGCUCCGGACGCGCAGGCUCAGCGGCCACGGCUCACGGGCCCAGCCGCUCCGCGGCGCGUGGGAUCCUCCCGGACCGGGGCACGAACCCGGGUCCCCUGCAUCGGCAGGCGGACUCUCAACCGCUGCGCCACCUGGGAAGCCCUAUGUUUCACCAUCUUAAAAGAAUCUGGGUCACAUGGGGAUUUGCAUUUUUUAAUUGGCAGGAUAGAGGUAGUGAAAUUGGUGACAUGCCCAAUGGCUGUGCUCAUUUCUAGAAUCUUCCCUGAGAUCACAGAGAACCAGCUAAAAGUGAGUCAGAAUAAAGGUAUGGGGUUGAGAUUCUCUUUUUAUUUGGCUUUGAUAAAAUAAAAAUUUAUUCAUGUCCUUCCUACUCUUAAAUAGGAAAUUAGCACCUUGCUUCUACACUGUGGGCUCCUUUUAGAGUGUCAGACCAAUUUAAAGCUGAUUUUAAAACUGACAGCAGCACCUCAGGGGUCGGGGAGCUGGCAGGAGUUAUGGGUGACGGCUGCAGAGUCUAGCAGAAAGCUCUCAACAUUUCCCAAGGGCCGCCAAGAUGGAAUUUAGUAACCUUUACUUAAUGACUGUCUGAGUUUUAAAGCACUUAUUUUUUUAACACUUUUUAUUUUUAAAUAAUUGUAGAGUCUCAGGAAGUUGCAAAGAUAGGACAGAAAGAUCCCCUACAUCCAGCUUCCCCCACUGGGUUACGUCUGACACAAUUGUGGUCCAAUAUCAAAAGCGGGAAACCGACCCUGGCCAGCCUGAUUUUUUAAAAAAUAUAAUUUUGUUAACUCAGAUUUCUUUUGCUUUAUUAUACCUUUGCUGCCGUAAUAUCGAUAAAGCCACUCACCCUGACCCCAGACCUCUCAGGAGAAUCAUUUCAGUUCUUCCUUUUAACUACUGCAGCAAGAAAAUCAGCUGACCAUGGGGAUUUAACGAGGAGUAGGUGGUCACAGCUUUGGGCAGGUAACCAAGUGAAUCCCUAAGAUAUUAAAACCUAACCUUUCUAUCCUGUGAUGAACUCAUUUCCAGACUGUGAAUUAUUGGAGACAGCAAACUAAGCACUGAAAAAGUCUUACAAUGAGGCAAGAGAACAUUAGUCUUUUAAAAGCCUGACUUGAAAAGUAUGGCAUUCCACAAAGUUGGUUGGUGUUGUUUCUUUUGUUUUUCCCCUCCUCUUUAGAGUUGUGCAAAUCCGAUUCAGGAACUAGCUCCGCUGGCUUUCGGGGAUGGGAGGGGCGAUUUGGGCACAUAAAUUAUCAUCAUUAUUUUAGGUUCUAUGCCUCAGUACCUCCACCAGAUGAAUCUAUGUACUAGUGACUCGACAGUGAAAGAUAUUUUGUAGUAUCAGGUCCAUCUAGUCGACGCGCAGAGGAUUAGCACAAGUCUUGGUCCCCAGAGAAUCACAAAUUUCCAUUUCCACCCAAAGUAUACUUUGUGUUCUUCCAACAGUUAUCUGUUAAAAUAAAAGUAGCAAAGUCUCAGCUUGUGUAUAAAGUUUUCUCCUUUUGUUUAGAGAUACACUUAGAGGUUAAUAAUGUAUGUAGAAGCCUUCCUUCCCUGCCUUGUUUAUACAUCUGUUCAGCCUGCUCCAUAAACACUGCCCUCCCCUUAAGCCCAUCCCAGGUGGGCGGGGCUGCUGCUGUCCGAGGCCCUAACUCAAAAGGAGCUGUUUUAUCGUCAGUAAUGCCGGUGCACUUUUGUGUGUGUGUGGUGUCGACCAUGUGACUAUUUAAUAAUUGCCAAAAUAGUUAGACUAGAGUAAGUUCCAGCUGGUCAACUGAAUUGUGACUGUCCUCUUUUAUGGUUUUGUUUUUUUUUUAAUUGCUCUCUGUGAAAUAUGUCCAUAACCACCCCUCCCCCCGCCCCAAUAGAUCUGUAUAUACUGCAAUAGAAAAACUAAAAGGAUUACUUGAAUUCGUUGUUUAAAUGUUUUACUCUUCUUUCUGUUUGUUUUAUUGGUGAUUCUGAUGCCUAAUGACCUUUUUGUUUUUGUAACCGCUGGGGGAGCCGGAAGGACGGUUACAGUGGUAGCUAGGUCCCCUGCCGGCUGAUCCACACUUGAGUUUAUUGUAGACACUUGGGUUCUGAGUAAGUUUUGUUUGAAUGUGGCCAACAUGACUGUUUCUCUCUCUCCUUAUCCUGCAAGAAAAGAAUCUGUCUGGCACCUUUUAGUUGUACCCUCGUAUCUGCCUCUCUAAUAAACGUUAUAUUUUUCUCAGUGUUGUGUAUUUUAAAUGAUUUUUCACCUUUCCGAGAAAAUUUAUUCUGUGUAAUCUGAGUAUUUAACUCUUUCGUCUUCAAUAAUGGUGAAUUUUCUAGCCAAAUGCUUUUCAAAAAAAAAAAAAAAAAAAAAAAAAAAUCCUGCCCUGUCCCCCUUUUAUAUGAUGAUGACACCUUCUCUGUUUCUCACCCUGUGUUCACCUCCGGGCUUGAGGAGUCUGUCUCCUGUUUCUCUUCUGUCCCCUCAAGAUGAAGAACUUUCACUGUUUAUUGCUGAGUAAACGCUGAGUGACAGGUUUUCCUUUUCACCAAAGAUGUUGCCUUUUACUGCCAAGGAACUGAGAGUGUCACUCGGAGACAGAACCAGGCCUUUGGGCUCCCGGCAUCAUUCUGGGAAGCUGGUUUCUUUCUCUGUCUCAGAACUCAAUUUAUGAGAAAGAUGAGUUCGGGUGCAUGGGCGCAUGAUCUCCUGGGCGGCUUCUCUUACCCCUGAAGGAAAGACUAGCUGCUCUGAUUGCAGAUAAAACCGUGAAAGUUCCUGAUCUCAGACUCGCCCUGUGGUAACCCAUUGCUCUAAAAAUGCUCCCUCCCCUCCCCCCUCCCCAGGGCGGUACAGUUUGCACUGAGCUGCAGAGUGCCCGCCCCUGACCUGCUGCCCGCCACUCUAACAGCCUUUUUCCUUU